AUGGAGACGGUAAUACCGAUCGCCGUGCACGCGCCGGGAGAAGAGAAGCGCUGCCUCACGUCGAAGACCUCGGGCAGGAUGAUCACCCUCCGAUUCGACGACAUCGUGGAGAAGCUCAAGCAGAUGGAGGAGCAGGAGAGCGGAGAGGCCUGGGUCGAAGACGAAGAGGAGUGGGAAAAGGCGGGAAAAGCGAAGUCGCUCGCCACAGCCGGCAAACAUCUCGAAAACACAACCGAAGGACAGACAAGCUCUCAGCAGGGAGUCGAAGAAGAUGAAGAUGUGGAUGAGGAGUGCGAGCCGGGGCUUACACCACGGCCAGGCGAAGGAAGCCAGAUCGAUGAUCCCGAGCUGGCCCGAGCCAAAAGGAGGAUGAACGUUCUCGUAGAAAUCGUUGAGACCGAGAAGGACUACUACCGCGACUUGGAGAUUCUUAACAACCUUUACCUGCAGCCGUUGAGGAAGGGGCGAAUACUGCCCGAUACGGAGCUGGGGCUCAUCUUCUCCACUCUUCCCACGCUGCUCUCGAUCAACAAGUCUCUCCUCGACGCGCUGCAAGUUAGGGUCAACGCCUGCCAAGGUCUUCCCGACGAAGAUGUAUGCAUGGGCGACCUCUUCCUCGAACACACCGACUACUUGAAGCUGUACGGGACCUUCUGCUCGCGGCAAGCCGAAGCACUCCGCGCCAUCCGACGCAACAAAGCCACCAACGCCACGUUCCAGACCUUCAUACUCAAAGCGCAAAACAAGCCGCAGUGCCGCAAGCUGGACCUCAAGUCGUUCUUGAUCAAGCCGGUGCAGCGCAUCUGCCAGUACCCGUUGCUGCUGCAGGAGCUGCUCAAGCACACGCCCGACGCUCACAAGGACCGAGCAAGCGUGGAACUGGCGCUGGAGAAGCUGCUAGCCAUCGCUGAGCACGUCAACGACGCGACGGAGAGGGCCUACUCCAUCGCCAAGAUCAUCGAGCUGCGACACACUAUCCAGGGUCUUCAAAACUUGGAGCUGAUCAAUCCGAAGCGGUCGUUCGUGGGCGAGGCCGCCUUCACCGAGCUCAACAAAAAGAGGCAAGUCGACAAGACGCUGCAGCUCUUCCUGUUCAGCGACUGCCUCCUGGUCUGCGAGCCGCUCAAGGGCGCCGCCGCCAAGAUCCAGCACGCAAACAAAACUGCCGCCACGGCCAGAGCGAGCGUUCGGCUGCAGGGUCCGCUCUACGCCUUCAAACAGUAUUUCCUCCUGCACGAGGUAGUCUUCAAGGACAUCUCCGACUCCUCUCUGCCGCUGCUGCAGAUGGUGUCGGCGGGCAAGGGCAAGGUGGGCAAGACCAAGGAGAGGGACCGCGCCUACACCUACGACCUCGCCAACAGCUCCUCGUACCGCACGCUCUGCGCCGGCAGCCUCAAGGACAAGGCGCGGUGGAUCGAUAUCUGGGAGUUCAAUUGA